ACAGACAUUACUUGCAAUUAAUAAAAUCUUUAACCAUUUACAUACCUUAGAUUAGAUUGAAAGGGUAAAGAAGAUGCUCCCACUCCCUCUAAAGCUGCUUCGCUCUUUGGUUUUAGGAGAAACCAUUCACCAUAAUCCUCUCCUUCAUUCUCACUCUCAUAAUCAUGAUGUUAAUCUUCACAACAAACAACCCAGUUCAUCAAAAACUCCAUUGCUUCUUUUUCUUCCCACCAAAGAGCUCGUCACUGAUACUUACAGGCUUGCCACCAUUGCCAGAGACAUGGGCAUGGACUUAUACCCUUCCCCUUCACUUUCUCACAUAAUUUUCUCAUACCCUUCUUCUCAAUCCUCUUCUUCUUCAUCUCCAUCACAUUCUCAUUCUCAUUCUCAUUCUUCUUGGUCUUCAAUCUCCUUAUCAUCUUCAUUGAUUCUUCCAAAUGACGCUGUUCCUCUUCCCUUUCCCUCACUCGCUUCCUCCUCCCUAUCCCAUCUCCGUUCCUUUGUGUCCCUCUCUCAAGGCCUUUUCAAGUUAGUAUUUUUGACCGGCAAUUCGGACUCCACCCAUCAUAAAGUUGAAAACUUUAGUAGCCACUGGGACUGCUGUUCUUUUUCUCUGUUUUCCCGGUUAAAUGGUGAUCGGAUUGAUACAAUGGAGGCCUUUUCUCGGGUCCUGGCUGGAAUGGGUUGGACCCUUUUCAAGACGAAGAACAACUCUAACUCGUCUUCAAAUUCUAAUGGUAACGGUAAUGGGAAUGGGAAUUCGGUUUACUUGUUUAGGAAAGUGGAUUCGGGUCGCGUCAGGGCUCUCAGAGUUAAUGGGAGAUGUCGAAUUAGAGAGCUGAGAUUGCCUGCGUUGGAUUUCAGGAAUGCCCCUUUAAGAAUUUUGCAGUAUCUUGUUCUAAUGACUGAUGAUGUCUUCUAUCUCGCGUAAAUGGAUAUGUGAGAAGGGUUUGUAUGUAUGUCGGGCGAGUGAACAAGACAAAGCAAGGAAAAUUGUAGACUUUGAAAGGUUUCCGUUUAUCAAUAAUUUACCAAGUUUUCUUACUCUUUGUACAUGUCUUUCAUGUUUAUGUCAGAUUGCUCACAUUGAAGCUGGAUACAAUAAUAUUAACCAUUAUUGAAA